ACGUGUCGGCGACGAAAGGUCAAAUGUGACGGCCAUCGACCUGUGUGCCAAAAUUGUGCGAAGCGGAACCUGCAGUGCGAAAGGUCAAGCCCAAACAGAAAAUUCGUCAUCUAUACGGCUGGUCCGGCUCCGAGUCAGCCUGAGAGAGAGUUGAACGAGUCACAGACUUCGUCAAAUUAUGCUCAAACAGCUGUCACCCAGUCACCGCCAGAUGCAGCGGUGCUGCUGUCUGACAGGGAGACAAGUUUUCAAGUCCCCACUCCCGUCAGCCCCUCAGAAGAUCUGCGCACUGAGUUGAUCGCCAGCCUAUACCAUCACUACAUCGAACAUCUUGCAGCAUGGUACGACCUUUGCGAACACGAACGCCCUUUUGAAUCCAUGGUUCCAGCCAGAGCGCUGAACGUUUCGGUAUUGUUCAACGCCAUCAUCGCUUUUUCAGCUCAACAUAAAGCGUUGAGUGAUGCGCGAUACGAGACGUGCAGCACAUUGUAUCACAGCGCAUGCAUACGAGAGCUUCUCAGUGGACUGAAUGCUUUUACUCCAACCUUGCAGGAGGACUAUCUGGUGGCAGCUUGUCUGCUACGCUCCUAUGAGAUUCUCAAUGCUGACUCAAGACAAGAGCAGCGACAUCUUCUAGGCGCCUAUCGAUUUUCAUCGACAGAAGAGAUUGACAUGACUAGAACAGGCUUGCUGCAGGCAGGGGCCUGGAACUAUCUGCGUGAAGAGAUCACAGUGGCGCUGGAAUGUCAAAGACCAGUACGCCUGAACAUUCAUCUUGAUGCCCGGAGUGUGACGUCUGGUUUUGACAGCGUACAUGCAAACACUGUGACAUACAUCUUGGCACGUGUGAUCAACCUCUGCUUUGGCCGAGACGAAAGAGGCAAUAUUCUUGAGUUCAACGAAGCCGAAUGGACGAAGCUGAAUGCGGAGCUCGCGUACUGGAGUCAUAACCUACCGUCCACUUACAAACCAUAUUCACAGGCACCGAAAGAGGGCAACCCUUUUCCAUCCGAGUGGUAUCUCCGACCAUGGCACAUCGCAGCUGCACAAUACUUCCUGACAGCCAAGACGCUAUUGUUGCUGCGGAACCCGGACACACAGAUCGAUAUCCAGGAUAUAGAGAGAUUGUGCGGCAUAGCCUAUACGAAUGAGAACAAGGCUGCAAGAGUCAAUGCAUUUGGACCUAUGGCGUUUUGUAAGUUGUUAUGCUUCGAACAAGAAUGA